UCCUGCCGGCGGGAGGGAAUGGCGGCCGCGUGGGGGAGGAACGAACCAGUCUAUAUAAAGCCCUGCUCGGUGAAGCAACGGCAGCGAUUGGCGGCUCCCAGUACGUUUACUUUGUACGCUAUCCGCAAACCCGCCUGACCAGAUCCUUACUAUAGCUGUUCCUGUUGUAAUGAUGAUAAUGAGAAGAGGUGUGUGACGGUACGAUUCUCAGUGAUGACGCACGAGUGUGUCCGGUGGUGCGAGGGACGCCGCAGCUCGCCCAGCCACAAGCCAAGUCGCCCUCUCGCUCCUGCCAGGGGCGCCAUGAUCGUGUGGCUGCUGCUGGCAGUGACGGCCGUGGCGGGUGAGCCGCCACAGAGGAGGUUCCUGCCCCAGGAGACACGCCUACAGUAUGCCCGCACUAUCGCCACUUCUAUCCUGAGCCGCACACCCCCCGGAGCUCAGCUGAUUGGCGCCCGGGGGGAUCUACCACCGCUGGUAGAUCGCCUGAUAUACAACGCUUCCUCUAUCCGCCGUAACAUCGUCGACACUUUUGACUGCAAUGGUCGGGUGUAUGGCUACUACGCUGACCAGGACAAUGACUGCCAAAUAUUUCACAUCUGCGUCCCGAUGCAACAGCUGUUCCCAGACCUGUACGACUUGGAGGAUAUCUUCCACUUCUCGUUCAUCUGUCCUGGAUACACCAUCUUCUCUCAGGAUUCGAUGACAUGUGACUGGGAGGACUGGGCCUUCCCUUGCCCUCAGGCGUCCGAACUUUACCACCGCAAUAAUCACUUCUUCGUUGUUCCUGCCGAGGACGUGCAACGGACAACUACCACUCCUAGCUCCACUUCCACCACGCAAACCCCACGUCCCACUCCCAGCCCCAGCCCCACUCCGCCACGCCAUCCCCCAUCGCUCCUACUCCGUGCCUCCACUCUCUCUCCUCCCAGAACGAGUCCCAGCCCCACUCCCAGCCCUACGAGUCGUUCCCCACUCCUGCGUCGUGGCUCCCCUCUCCCUCUCACCCACAGUUCAAAUUUAAGAGCUGCCUUCCGUCGCAACCGCUCUAUGCUUGUAUUUUCCUCUUCGAAACGCUGACCCUCCGCAAGAUGGCGCAGUGACUCAUCCACCUCAAUUUUUCAGUCCUUAUCCUUUGCUUUCUCCUUCAUUUUUCUUUGCUCCCUCUCUAUCCCCCAUGUCUUCCUUGAUACGACCGGCUGAGGACGAUCGGUCGCAACUUAGGUGAUUUAUGGGCAUUAUUAUUUGUAAGGCAAUUUUCCACAACCACGAACUGCGCCAGCUGUGUGUGUAGCGUGGCAUCAUAACAUAUUUACGCUUUGUUUAAUAAAACAAGACCGAACCACUGGUCUUGUUCAGUGUACUGGACUCUUAUCCUGUAUUACUAGAAGACUCAGCCGCAAGGAAAAACCCUUGUAAAAAGACAAUAAG